GCCUCACAGUGAAUUUCAGUGCAAAAAUGACGCCUUUCUGAGUGAACCCUCUGUAUAUAACCAAAAAAGUCACGUAUAUUGCAGUCCGAUCAAUUAACAAAUCAAAUUAAGUGAAUUACAAGCAGUCCAUCAAUGUUUCCAGUGCAUUGUACUUAAAAAACUAAUUUUCCUAAAUUAUCGAGGUGGAUCACGUUUAUCGUGUCAAGUAAUUUUUAAUUUAAAACUUUGGCCAGUGACGCAAGGACCCCGAAAGUGCUAACAUGUCCACUUUAACCGUUGUUAUAUUAUUCGUUUUCUUGGCCUUCUUGGCAGUCCAAGGGGUCUGUCUGCUAUGGAGGUACCGAAAGUGGUACUUUGCCGCCCAAAAAUUCCAUGGGCCCCUGGCGGUACCUCUGAUAGGAAACGCUUAUGCCCUCUUAAUAAGUAACGACAAAAUCUUGACGAGAGUUCACGAGAUUUGCCUGAAAUACAUCAACGAGCCCCUGAGGUUCUGGAUGGGGCCGGUACUAUUGAUCGGUCUACCCAAUCCGGAGCACGCAGAAAAAAUUUUGUCAUCCUCCAAGUUUGUAUUAAAGUACGAGCCUGUCUACAGGUUCCCCAAAGUGUUUUUGGGUGAAGGGUUGAUUACCGGAUCAGGUCCCGAUAAUAAGAAGCACAGAAGAAUCAUCCAGCCAAUGGUAGACCUCGGAUUUGCCAAAGAGUGCACCAACGUAAUGCAAAAACACAUCGCCACCUGCAUGCAGAAACUCCUGGCCCACGUGGAUCAAGGGAAAUUCGAUAUUUUUCACGUGAUCCAUCCCUGUAUGGCGGAUGUUAUCAAAGAGACAAUCUUGGGCACGAAAGAGAACACUCAGGAAACUGGUUCGACCGAGUUCGAUAGGGCCAUGUUAGACGGAUAUGAUUUCGCUUUUACCAGAAUGGUGAAAGUCAUUUAUUACUCAGACUUUAUAUUUAACUUAACCCCUUUGAAAAAGAGACAAGACUAUCUUAGAAAUGUUAUCAGGACAAGGGGAGAAGAGUUCGUAGAAAAUGCCAUAAAGAGACAGAAAGAGAAGCUGCCCUCGACAGACUUUCCUUCAAUAAGCGACAAACUAGCAGAGUACCUGGAUGAUCACCCUGGGGUGUUUUCCAAAGAAAGAUUCACUGAUCACCUACUUACUUUAUACACAGCAUCAGAAGACACCCUAGCAGUCAUAUGCAGCUUUGUCGCAUUGGUGCUGGGCAUGUACCCAGAAUGUCAGCAAAAGGCUGCCAAUGAAGUCAGAGAGAUAUUCGGAGAUACACCCAGACCGGUGACAACUGACGACAUCCCCAAGUUGAAAUAUAUCACCAUGUGCAUCAAGGAGGUGCUAAGAUUAUUCCCGAUAGCUCCUCUAAUAGUUCGAAAGUGCAGCGGGGAUUUUCAGCUAGAUCAAAAAUGGUUGAUUCCCAAAGGGUGCGGCAUAGUAAUACCAAUUUUCACCCUGCAACGCGACCCCCGGGUCUGGGAGAAACCGAACGACUUCUAUCCGGAGCAUUUUUUGCCUGAGGCGGAGGAAAAACGACACGUCUACAGUUACAUACCCUUCAGUGCCGGCCCUAGGGGUUGCAUAGGGAAAAUAUUGGCCCAUACGGGCAUCAAAGUGUUUACGUGCAACCUGCUGCAGAGGUUCCACGUAGAAGCGGAGGGGGACGUCCCGACUUUGAAAAUCAGGAUGGAUAUUUCCACACGUCCGAUCCAUGGACACGUUUUGAGGUUGAAGAAACGCGUUUGGACGUAAAUUGUUUUUAAAUUAUAUUUUAUUUAUAUAAAGGAGCAUGGAGAUGAA